CCGUCUUCUAGCAUGAGAUUCGCCCUUCUAUAUGUAUUCACUGGUAUUUCCGAUGCAACGCGCGAAGGAUGCGACCAUUCCACGUGACCAACGCAGGAGAUUGCGAAACUUCCUGUGCUCCCUGUAUCAGCAAGGUUAUAGAAUAUGUGGAUUGCUUCAUUCCGCUCCCCUUGACAGCACAGUCUGCACGCCAACUCCUCGCCUUUGAGAUAAGCCGAUAAAGACGGCAAAGUAUCGGAUUCAACGCAUUCUCUUCGGCAUUCCGGCCGCACUCUCAAUACGCGAGUUUAUGAACUAUAACUCUGGAAUACGUCAACGACGGAAAGAAUCCUCGAUGCUCCAGAGAAUUCUUAAGAUGACCGGAUUGCAUCUACGCACUGGCAGACUUCUUGGACCAAGAGCUGGCUGGACCUUGGUAGUCAUUUCAUAUUGAGGAACGAGUUGCGGCGCCAUUUGCAAACAAAAACAUGGAGUCAACAAGGAGUGAUAUCAGUUUCUUUACGAGAGGACUAUACACCGAUGUGGAGUUUCUUGUUGGAAAUUAUUCCCACGUACCCAGAAGGAUCAGGGCCCACAAGUUACUUCUUGCCAUGCGAAACGAGGUUUUCGAAGUCAUUUUCUAUGGGGACUUACCAGAGGAAAAUGAAAUCCGCAUCACUGACUUACACCCAGACGGAUUUCUUGGUUUCCUCAGGUACCUAUACAGCCAACGAGCCAUAUUUGACAGCUUGGAGCAAGCAAUGCAGACUCGCGCGGCUGCACAGAAGUACCUAGAGACGAAACUUGUGAACGCCUGCGACGAGUUUAUUCAAAACUCAUUGCAACCGAGUAACGUGUGCAAAGUCUUAGACUACGUGAUAAAGGAAGGUGAUCUCGGAACGUUAGACGACAUCAUCGACGAGUUUCUUGCACACGAGGCGGUGGGUGUAUUGGCGUCGGAGGCGUUCGUCGCAGCGUCAAGAGAAACCAUUUUCAGAAUACUGAGGAGCCCCCGCUUGGUGGCCCCCGAAUUGUACAUCAUCGAUAGAGUGUCUACAUGGGCGCUUGCCCGAUGUAGGAGAGGUCCCGCCAAAAUUCCUGCAACCGCGCUGCAGGAAACCAUGAGGCCCUUUUUGUCGGAGCUUAGAUUUCUGACACUGACAGUCGAACAGUUUGUGGCGGGGCCGGCCGCGUGGAACAUUCUGACCGAGAGAGACGCCUUGGCUAUUGUCAGCAACAUUGUAGAACCAGGUUCGAAACCGCUGCCGGCAGGCAUUUGCACCAAAAUAAAACCACGUGAGGAUUACUAGCGAUCGCUAGACGUUUUUUGCAGUUUAAUUGUAAUAAACCUUUGUUUUUCUAUAUGAGAACAAUUAUGCUGAAAAGGUUGCAAAUGUUUUGCUGUGCGUACUGUAUAUGAUCCUUGAAACUCAUUUCGUUGCAUGCCAAUAAAUGAGCAAAUACGUAUA